GAAAUGCGUCCCAUGACGCCGCGACGAUGAACUCGAAUUUCAUCUCAUUCCCACUCGCACCAACGCGCAUGGUCGCGCACCGCGCAAUACGCACAGCAAUAACUCAGCAACCCUCGGCUCACGGCUCGUCCAGUCGGGUGCAAGCCACUCGACGGACCCUUGCCGCGGCCCCGAGUCCCGACAACUCGCUCCCAAUCAACGCGGCAACUUUGUGCGACUCCCCCGUGCCAGCGUGUGUCGGGUGACUUGUCAUGCAACGACUACAAUCGUAUUUCUGACUGCCCAAGCUGCCUACCUAUUCGUCCGUGGUCAGCGGCUGGCUGUUGACUGGCUGUUGACUGGCUGGGUAAUUACUACUUGCGACUAAGAGCUCGACUCCCGUUGUUGCAGGCUUCACUGGCACUGGCAGCCCUGCCAUGCCCGUCAGAGAGCCUGGCAGCCCAGCAACACUCGAACACGGUUUCUCCAGGGGCAUGGGCCUCACAUCAGCUGGAGGCUGCUGUGACCCCGGGCGCUACGCACCCCCAUCCUUUGUGCAUGGGAAGCUUGCUGGGUGCGGCUGACCGACAGCAAUCCAAGAGGGCUGCCGUGGUGCAACCAACAACCCGCCUCGAACUCUCAACACCGAGUCCUCCAUCCUCCAUCAAAUCCCCCAAAAGUACCCGCCUGCCUGUGUGUUCGUCUUCAUGCCGCCGCCCAAAGAGCCUCGACAACGGGCGGCGGCGGCGAGCAGGGGCAUCGCUACAGGUGCUCAGCGCUCCAACAUGCAUAGCCUAUCCGACACCAACGAAACGUCGUACGCUUUUCUCGGUGCUCUCCGUCCCUCGUGGAUGACAAGAACGGACGAUGCUCCGAUUCCCGCGUCACGGAGACUCAACGCCUGCCGUCCCAUGUCUGUGGCGAACCACGAUCCUGCCAAGUCGUCUCGCGCGGUGCCUGUUGAUGAUCCGCACGAAACUCACUCGCCGGCUGUUACGGGACCGCAGAAUCACGAUGUGAAUCUCGAUCUUGAACAACGGCGCCAACCCGCUGGCCCUUCGAGAGUUGCAUCAAGUCUCCCAUCGCCGCUCCCUUCUGGCGAAGCUAGCCCGAUAGUAUCGGCCACGGAAUUCGCUCCCGUUGAGCAGCCAAACUUCCUCACGCCUCAUGCCGUCCGCAGUCCAGCCGGUGCCCCCACUCCGCCGACCGCCACACCGACGCAAACCUCAUCGCUUAGCAGAGGCCCAGUACAGGCGACCGGCCAGACCUGCCCGGCGGACUUCGCCAACUCUGGCCAAUGUCCAUCGACUCAGGGCGCCGUGGUGGCUACCGUACCAGCUGGAACCCGCCCUCAGGCGCAUCAUCGACCCGACCAGCCGGUUGGUACUGCUGUGGAUGAAGCCUAUAUCACGCCGGCGCCACAAAUUGUCCCGAGCUCGGGCGCCACCCAUCCCCCACGGACACAAAGCCGCAACGAUCGAGAUCCUCCUGGCCGCAAUGGCCCUAGUUUCUCGUCAAACGAUGUAGCUCGAACACGGUUCUUCGGCCAGUUACGCGACGGCAUAAGCCAGUGCAUCCAAGCGGCUGGCGGUGUGCAAUUCCUACCGAUGCACGAAAGAGCGAGACUUGACCUCCUCAUCAAGGCCUGCGUCGCGGGCGAUUUCGGAUGCCUGUUGCUCCUUCAGCUGUACAGUAUAUGGUCCAUAAGGAGAGGUGUUGCACAUCGCCUCCUGAGCUUGAACCCCGAGACAGUUGACGCAUCUUUCCAAAAUUUCCCUAUCAUAGUGGGAGACAACAACGACCUGGUCUCCAACAUGCACUGGUUCGCCGCCUUUCCGUGCAACGAUAUCAGUGCCCAGGGGGGGCGUUGUCCGCCUGCGUUGACACAUUUCAUGGCAGAGAGCAGCAACUUCAUCGUCCACAUGGCAAGUAAAUGGUACCCAAUGCUGGCCGAGGUUCGGCGUAGAGGAUUCCCUCCGCUCGUUUCUGAUAUGAGGCUUUACUUGCGAUGCUCCUCGCCUGUUUUUCUGCGCUGUAUUUUCACCAGCUUCUGCCGCAGUAUCGGCAUGACGUCUUGGCCGGCGCAAUUAGAAUUGCAAAAACUCUUUGAACUCGACGUGCGGAACGAAGAUUGCCUUGGUCCCCAAAGUGAGGCGCUUCAAGCGGCACGACAAGAUGUUCUUCAACGCUACGCAUGGACGGUGCGACAUAUAAGGUCCAAUCUGCAGCAUUUCGGACCAUUUCCAGGCGGUCAAUCUCCUCGAACACCUAACACCUUGACAAACCCUACGAUGCAAGUCGCUGCGCAGUCACCACCAGUCUGCGUCUCAUGCCCACCUCCUUCGGUAGGUAGUCAGGUUCCUGCACAGGGAGGCUCGCAUUCCCCGUUGUAUUAUGGGACUAGUGUGACUGCUAUUACGCAGGGCGAGGUCUAUUCAAUGCCAGCACACCAGUCCCCGGUAUCGACUGUCCUUUCGAGCCACGGACCAGUCCAAGGUGUCGACUAUACGUCUCCAUUAUCAAGUGUGGCGCGAGAGGCUCUCCAUGGCCGACUGGUCCCAAGCCAAAACGCCAUCGUGAACCCUCAGACCAACUCUUACAUGCCCUCGCAAGGUCAGACCCGGGGGAAUGUUGCACAGCAUUCGCACUCGAGCCAGUCUCCUUCGUCACAGAUGCACUACCAACAGCAGACGCCUCUUCUCCCGCAUUCAAGCACCCGUCGAGCCUGCGCAAAUACACCACCAAUUUCUCCCCAGAGUCUGCAUUCUGUGAACCCUCUCGCGGCAAGGGAAUAUCCCAGGAGCGAGUAUGACACGACAUCGCUACGAAAUGGGCUUCAUCUCGCUCAUCUUCGGAGUCCUUCGAGAACGCCACGGGUACCGGACUGGAAAAGGUAUUUCCAGUACGUCAGCCACUUUGCUGUUGCUCCAAUGGAGGUGCCCCCGCGUCGAGGAAUCCGGAUUCUACAGUUCAGCCUCACGGAGGCUGAGGCAGCCCUUGCGAUGUCUGCCGAGCAGGACCCGCGUACUGUCCUCUUCUCGAACGGAUCUACACGGUAUCGACUCAGGACUUGCAAAUACAUACGAAACACCUCGUUCGUGGAUGCUUCUACGUGGGUUAUUAGCCCAACGUUCUGGCCUCCACAUAUUUUCCUUGAAUUCAACGGCGAACCCGUUCACCCUCGACGCAGGGUCCAUGCUCAUACCGACCAACCCAUUGAGCUCACCCGCAUGUCGCGCCUCGGGGUCAAUCAGCUACGUGUUAGCUUACCCUCGACCGUGGAAAAGGGCCUCGAGGAGCCUUCGACAUUUUUUAUGGCCGUUGAGGUGGUCACUACCUCGGACUACACAACAUUGCUAACUCAAGUGCAAGAACGAGAGCAUUUCAGCCUGGAGGGCACCAAGACGGAGAUGCAGAGGAGGCUGAAUGGAGUCAACUUUGAUGACGACAUUGUCAUCCAAGACAAGACCAUUCACAUAGGCGUCACAGACCCAUUCAGUUCAAGUUUGUUUACAAUACCUGUCCGAGGGGUAGACUGCAAACACCUCGAGUGUUUUGACUUGGAAAUCUGGCUGCAGACCAGGAAAGGAAAACCGUCCAAACAAGGCGGCGAACCGAGUCUAGUAGACGACUGGAAAUGUCCAAUAUGUCGGCUUGAUGCGCGGCCUGUCAGCCUGCGCGUGGAUGACUAUUUCGCCAACGUUCGCGCCAGUCUCAGUGCAAGUGGCGUGGGUGCCACGGUGGUCAAGUUUAUUCUCGUCGAUGCCAACGGCGAUUGGACCUUGAUGAGGGAACCAAGCGACAAGGGAGGCAAUGGCGCGCCUGAUUCGAGGUCCCGGAAGAUGCCCAGUGCUGAGGACGACGCCCAGGACGAUUACCCGGCGCAGUCCCUGAUUGUCUUGGAUGACUGAGCCAUGCCACCAGCGCAUUGUCAUUGCACUCAAUAUCUGCCGGCCUUUAUCGCAUGGAAUCACCAAAAAAUAUCGAGUGGCAGGGGAUAGCAUCAUGUGUGAAUCAUCUUGCCAGGACUCAUUGGAACGGCGUUUCCAGGAUGCUUGGGAAAUAGGCAAUAGCUUGGGGUGCAAGCGGAGGCGAAACAUGAUACCCGGUCAUGGGGCGCUAGGUGCGAUUGUUCGGGAUGCUCUGUAGUUAGGAGCAUAGCAAUUCGUUCGCAUAGUUGCCACGCAAUACAUGAAGCCGGUCUAGGGCGGCCAGUAUGAUGGAUGGCCUCAACUUAAUCCGGAGGCGCCUGCCCGCCCGAGACAGUCGCUGCACUUGAAGACGAAUUUGAACUGCGACAGUUAUGGGAAAAGGUAUAUGUGUUGCGGUGCGCUAAAG